ACGGAUGUUAUAGACCCCGACGAAGUAGAAGAAGAAGGAAGCGGAAGAAGAGAUUGUUUUGGAUUCGCAUGUGUUUAACUUGUUCCCUAUUACUGGAGCCUUAGGGACUAUUGGGUUGAUUUCUACACUCCUAAUAACAGAGCAAUGGAGGAAGCUCUCGUUCGAGCUGCUAUUCCCGGUGACCUGGUCAAGGUUCUAGGUGUCGAGUCUCAGACCAGCCGCAAGGCGGCGAGCUUCACGGAAGCCUUCCUGAAGAACAGCAUCCAGCAGCCCUCACGUCUUGAUCUGAAGACCAUGCUGAGCCACAAGGCCGUGAUUCUGGACUACGCCAGGCCUAAGAACGACAAGACGAAGCGGAAGAGCAAGAAAGCCAAGGGACUAAACGCACGGGACAAGAGGAAGAUGAAGAUCUUCCAGAUUAAACCUGAGCACCAGAGAUACGAACUUUUCCUGCCUCUGCAUGAACUGUGGAAACAGUACAUUGUUGACCUGUGCGGUGGACUGAGACCAAGCAGCAAUCCACAGGUUGUGCAGCAGAAGCUCCUGAAGGCAGAUUUCCAUGGUGCCAUAAUCAAAGUGGUCAGGUCUACAUGUCCAUCCUAUGUGGGGACUACAGGAAUCUUAGUGCAGGAGUUCAAACAUGUCUUCAAAAUCAUCACCAAAGAGGACAGGCUCAAAGUGAUCCCUAAGAGGAACAGUGUGUUUGCAGUGGAGAUCAAUGGCUUCGUCUCACACAUCUAUGGAAGCAAGUUUGAGCAGCGGGCCAGUGAACGCUCCGCCAAGAAGUUCAAAGUGAGAGGAACCAUCGACCUGUGACAACACAAUCUCCCUCAUGUGUUACCUCAAAAAGAAAGACGUUACAUAUUUAUAGAUCUGCUUCUGCCACUGGCCACCAAAGGAACUUUAACAACGAUGACUAGUUCAUUUUGCUGCAUGUCUAUGAUUGUCUCAUUUUGAGGGGGAACUCUAUAUUUUUUUUUCACCUGAGUGCAGCUAAUUUAGGAGCACAUGCACUAUAUAUAACGUCAGUUAGGUAAUAGAUGCUGAUAAGGUAAGAAGUACAGUAUCCAGAAUUCUGGGUGUUUGACUCAAAGCAGACACCUGAUCUGUAGAAACCUAGGGUUUCGCUGCAGGUGCAUACUGAACAUGAGGCUUAGCUAAAAGUCAGUGAGUGCCUGAGGCUCCCCUUCGAAGGCUGCUGCUGUUUUGUUACAACUUCUGUGUCAGUCCAGGAAGUCAUGUGUUUUCAUAAUAGUCUCUCUGUGAGAAGGCUAGAAAGAUGCACUAGCCUUUGUUCCAUUCUUUUCAGAGCAGAUAAAUGCUGUCCGCCGUUUAAUAGAGCGGGUCAUUUAACCUGAUUAAUUUCUGUUCAUGGUUGUUUUCCCCAAAUCUUUCAUUAAAUUAUACUUUUUCAA